CGUCGCCCACGGCGGUUUCCUUUGACCUCACUUAAGAUGGCGGCACGGGAGCUGUGAGGCAGGGGCUCUCAUAACCGGAAGUGUCGGGGCUGGGGCGUCACUCCGGUCACGAUGGAAGCUGUGCUUAACGAUCUGGUGGCCGUGGAGGAUCUUAUGAGAUUUGAGAAGAAGUAUCUAGCCGAAAUCUCUGCAGGAUCGCUGAACAAGAGCACGCAGUUCGAGUACGCCUGGUGCUUGAUCCGAAGCAAGUACACUUCCGACAUCCAGAAAGGGGCAGGGUUUUUGGAAGAUCUUUUACCAAAGGGCAGUAAAGAUGAGCAGCGAGACUAUCUGUUUUAUUUGGCAGUGGCCCACCACAGAUUAAAGGAAUAUGAGAAAGCUCUUAAGUAUGUGAGGACGCUUCUCGGUAAGGAACCGAAGAACACACAGGCUCUGGAGCUGGAGAAGGUCAUAGAGAAAAAGAUGCAAAAAGAGGGCUUAGUCGGCAUGGCGAUUGUAGGCGGAAUGGCCCUGGGAGCCGCAGGGAUCGCUGGCCUCAUCGGUUUGGCUAUUUCAAAGUCCAAAUAAAUGGAAAAAUGCAUCACAAGGCCUUGUUUUUUUUUAUUAUAUUUCACGCGGUACCUUGAUCUCUAAUCAUGCAAUUAUAAUGGAAUUUACGGCCCCUAAACCCUGGCCUGGCCGCCGAAUUCUCACAAGAUAAUUUAUGAUCUAACAUCAAUGACUUGGACUCUUCAUCGAUAACCAACCCGACCUGUAUCUAAGGCUAUUAAAGGAUAUUAUCACCGCUGUAAAUGGGAUUUGUAUCUUUCUUCUGUGUGCGUGUUGGAAGCUCUCGUUAUCCUCAGCCCUUUCCGGCCUGUGAUCCGUCCACGUAUAGCCAGAUUAAGCUUCAACUUUUUCACGCCUUGCAGGUCCUUAGUUUGUCUUGGAUCGUAAUUUGUCACGCCCCUUGGUAUUACGCGACCUGUUUUUCAGGCUGUCACGUUUAGAGCUCGUCUCGUCUUUACACCUCCGCUGUGUAAUCCUCAGUCCUCGUCACAAGUGUGCCACUCUUUAUGCAACAGCUUUUUUUAUUUGUGUUCCAGGGGUGGCAGCGCAGUCCUUUUUGUCAGCUGUCUCCGAGAUUAAUCCUUUCUAGAGAUCUAGACAAUGGGGUAUUUUUCCAGAUUAUUUAUUAAGUCUCUGGACCCCAGAUAAAUAUUUGAGACUUGUUGUUAAGGGCCCCGGCCGUAUUGUGUGAAAACACAAUGACAUAGCGAAAGCGAGUUAUUUCGUUUGUUUAGGGAGAUCCCUUUGGCUGAGAAAUGGAUGGACGUCGUGGGCAGAAGAUCAUAAACCUGUCUUGAUCAAAGACCAUUGUGUUUGGUAAAUUGAGUCAUCGCUUGAAAUUGACGUCAACGGUUUUACGACAUUUACGUCCUGGCUAGAAGAAGUUCCUUGUGUUAUAUUGGAGGUGUCCCAUGUAGACAUGAUGCCACCCAAUGCUUGUCAACAGAAAGGCCAUCGUUGGUUCCAUCCACAAAGUGGUUGCUCUCUUGGUGGUUGUUGCCAAUGGUGUGUUACGUUUCAUGCCAAAGAUUAAAAGUCUAAACUCAUGUAGUUCUUGUAGGAAAAUCCAGUCGACCCUACUUCGAAAGAUUAAAAAGCAAAACCACUUGUUUCGUCUUAGAGGAUAUUUCCAUUUCUUCACAUAUAGUUUCUACAGGCUUUCUUAAACCCAAGUUUCAAAUGGCUGAUGGAGAAGGUGGUUUACAGAUGGUUGUGGACUCCAUGGCGUUACGAAGUUCACCACGUUCAGAUGUUAACGUUUUUAGUGUCUUCUGUAGCCCUGCCCAUACCAGUGAAAGUUCCUGCACUACAAAGUCCCAAAAAUGUGGUUGUCUCCUACCCCAUGUUCUCAUAAAUGACUAAGACAAUGGCUGUACUGCACCUUAAUGCAUACAGGGCAGGUUUUCAUGUGGAUGUAGCAGCUCUUUUCCUCUCUGAAGUUUAUUCAUUAUUGUUUUUUUUUUAUAUAAAAGGACUGUGAUGUAGCUGCUAUCUUUUGGUAGAAGAACCGGUUUAACAGCUGAGACCUGUUAUAAUGCUUACAUUGUAUUUAUAAAAGAUUUGAUUUAAAGCUAAUGUAAAUAAAAUGAUAUUUCAGCAAAA